CUUAGUACCAAACACAACAACGGUCCCCUCCCAAACCCUCUCCCCCAAAAGAGUCAAAGACAAUACAUAUUCGCUCUUCCUUCUUAGUUCUCACAUUACCAUUCGCCAUUCCAAUGUCACCUUCUUUUCGCACAUCCCUCUUCCUCUUCACACUCUCCCUUCUCUUCUUCCUAUUCUUCUCCCUCUCCGUCUCCGCCCACAGCGGCCACCACGACGACGGAGACGCCGACUCCGACGCCACCCCCGACCUCCGUGCUCGGCCCUUGAUUCUGGCGAAGGUGUGGUGCCUGAUCGUGAUCUUCAUCGCCACCUUCGUCUCGGGCGUUUCCCCCUACAUUCUGAAAUGGAACGAGGGGUUCUUGGUUCUGGGGACCCAGUUUGCUGGGGGAGUGUUUCUGGGAACUGCCAUGAUGCAUUUUCUCAGCGACGCUAAUGAGACCUUCGGGGACUUGACUCAAAAGGAGUACCCUUUCGCCUUCAUGCUGGCGUGUGCAGGCUACUUGAUGACCCUCCUCGCUGAUGCCGUCAUUUCCUCGCUUUUCAACAAUAUGGGGCGUCAUGCCCAGGAUGUCCAAGGUCAAGGGGCUGAUGCGAACAAAUUAAGUAGCAACGGCGUUACUUCUCAAUCACAACACCGGAGCCAUGACGCUAAUCACCAUUUAGCAAGUCCUGCACUUGGAUAUGUCCAUUCAGUUGGAGACACCGUUUUAUUGAUUGUUGCCCUUUGUGCACAUUCUGUGUUUGAGGGCUUAGCAAUUGGAGUUGCAGAGACCAAAGCAGAUGCAUGGAAAGCCUUGUGGACAAUAUGUCUGCACAAGAUAUUUGCAGCCAUUGCCAUGGGAAUUGCUCUCCUAAGAAUGAUUCCUGACCGUCCCCUUGUGUCGUGUGCCGUCUAUGCUUUCGCGUUUGCCAUCUCCAGUCCAAUUGGUGUGGCCAUUGGAAUCAUAUUGGAUGCCACAACACAGGGUCAUGUGGCGGAUUGGAUCUUUGCUAUAUCAAUGGGUCUGGCUUGUGGAGUGUUUAUCUAUGUAUCAGUAAACCAUCUGUUGGCAAAAGGGUACAUGCCCCACAGACCGACAAAGGUUGACUCGGCCUAUUUCAAGUUUCUUGCUGUGUUCUUGGGUGUGGGAGUGAUAGCGGUGGUAAUGAUUUGGGACACCUAAGUAGUUCCAAAAGUUGGAGGCAUAGUGAUAGCUUAGUUCCAAGAUAACUUCUCUUUGCGGCAUAUGCAGAAUCUUUUUUUACUUUUUUCUUUAUCUUUGUGGUAAUUCCUGUGGUAGAAAAGAUGGCAGAAAUUUGCCUCAAAUGAUAGAAAAGAUGGGCAUGUAUUGAAAACUAAGAGGACGUAUAGAAGUCUUGGUAAGAAGGGUAGUUCACACAGAGGGUAGCCAAAAUCAUUAGAGGCAAAGGGGAACGGAGAAGGAAUAUAUACAAAGCUAUAUAGAAAGGAUUUUAUAGAUCAAUAAUUUGUUUAUAGACAUGACUUAUAAUAGAAGUUAUGCUGUUGUUUAAUUCAUAUAGCCUAUUGUGGGGAAAAAGGUAGGUUGUUGUUGGUGGUGUAUACUUGAUUGAUUUAAUAAUUGUUAUGAGUUUUGUAAG